AUGAUUAUUUUUCUUACUCUCGUGAGAAAUGGCGGCAUAUUCCGACAUUUUUGCACAGCUUCCUUUGAGAAACCGGCCUCCCUUGUCUCGAAUCAGUUGAACGAUCAGCUGAAGUCUCUCGUCCGCUCCGGAAAAUUGUGGGAUGCUCGCCAAGUGUUCGAUAAAAUGCCGCACAGAGAUGUCUAUUCAUGGACAACCAUCAUUCAGGGAUACGUAUCUGCAACAAACUACGACCAAGCACUCAUUCUCUUCUCUGCUAUGCACGUCGAGGAUCCUCGUGUCUCCGCCGAUUCUCACGCCCUAAGUCUUGCACUCAAGGCUUGUGGUCAAAGUCAAACUUCAAACCUUUCGUUCGGAGAAUCUUUACAUGCUUUCGCAUACAAAACUUAUCUGCUCAGCUCUGUCUACGUGGGAAGUGUUCUAUUGAAUCUGUACAAAAGAAAUGGAAUGAUCGACGAGAGCUGCAGACUUUUCAGUGAACUGCCUUGUAGAAACACAGUAACGUGGACAACACUCAUCACGGGCCUUGUUCACGCUGGUCGUCACAAGGAAGGGCUUACGUACUUCUCCGAGAUGUCAAGGUUCAAAGGCUUACCUGAUACUUUCGCAUUUGCAAUUGCCUUGAAGGCUUGUGCCGGUCUCCGCCAAGUUCAAUACGGACGGGGGAUUCAUACUCAUGUGAUACUGAAAGGCUUCGGGGCCGUUCUCGACGUGGCUAACUCGCUCUUCACAAUGUACACCGAGUGUGGAGAAAUGAGAGACGGGCUGCGUUUGUUCGAGAGUAUGGGGGAGGAGAAGGAUGUGGUUACGUGGACGAGCCUUAUCACGGCGUAUAGCCGUAUUGGUCAAGAAGAAAACGCUGUGAAAACGUUCUUUAAGAUGAGAAACUCUCGACGAGUGCGUCCUAACGAACAGACUUUUGCGUCCGCGUUCGCUGCUUGCGCGGCUCUUUCUAGACUUGUUUGGGGAGAGCAGCUCCACGGUAACGUUUUCUCUCUAGGGCUGGGGGAUUAUCUGUCAGUGAGCAACUCCAUGAUGAGCAUGUAUUCAGCAUGCGGCGAGUUGGACUCUGCUUCCGCUUUGUUUCGAGGGAUGAGAUGCAGAGACAUUAUCUCGUGGAGCACGAUCAUCGGAGGGUACUCUCAAGCCGGUUUGGCCGAAGAAGGUUUUGAGUAUUUCUCGUUGAUGAGACGAUCAGGGACAAAGCCUACGGGUUUUGCUCUUGCUAGCUUGCUGAGCGUUUCGGGAAACGUGGCGGUUCUUGAGCAAGGGAGGCAAGUCCAUGCGCUUGCGGUUUAUAUCGGUUUAGAACAGAGCCCCACGGUUCGUAGCGCGCUGAUUAAUAUGUACUCGAAAUGCGGAAGUAUCGUAGAAGCUUCCAAGGUGUUUGAAGAAACAGAAGGAGGAGCUGAUAUUGUUGCUUUGACGGCUAUGAUCAACGGAUAUGCAGAACAUGGGAAGAGCAGAGAAGCUAUCGAUCUGUUUGAGAAGAGUCUAAACGUUGGUUUCAGACCGGACGCUGUAUCUUUCAUCAGCGUCCUCGCUGCUUGCUCUCAUUCGGGUCAGCUUGGCCUAGGUUUUCACUAUUUCAACUUGAUGCAAGAGGAGUACAACAUGAGUCCAGCCAAGGAACACUACGGUUGUAUGGUUGAUCUGUUAUGUCGAGCGGGACGGUUGAGUGAAGCAGAGAAGAUGAUCGAUGAGAUGCCGUGUGAGAAGGACGAUGUAGUAUGGACCACGCUUCUAAGAGCGUGCACGGCCGAAAGAGACAUUGAACGUGGAAGAAGGGCGGCAGAGAGGGUUUUAGAGGUGGAACCUACUUCUUCUACAGCACUUGUAACAUUAGCCAAUAUGUAUUCAAGCAAAGGGAGAUGGAAAGAGGCUGCUAUCGUAAGGAAGAGUAUGAAAUCAAAAGGGGUGAUCAAAGAGCCAGGAUGGUCUUCGAUUUUGAUCAAGGGUAGGGUUUCAGCUUUUGCAUCUGGCGGUCGGUCCCAUCCACAGAGUGAUGAUAUUUACAGUAUAUUGGAAUUACUAGUAUCUUGUGCUGAGCCUCGUAGAGACGGUUCCAGACUAUUAUUACAAUAACACUAGUGGUAAUGUUGACUGCUACAUAUAUAUAACUUAACGAUAGGAAUGAAUGACAUAAGGAGAUUAUUUUUUAAAACCCUUAAACCAUCAUCUGUCAUCUCUGAACCAGUUAAGUAGCACAUAAACUGAAAAACCUAGAGCAGAUGCAGCAGCAACGGCAAAGACGGCUGCUUGUACAGAGAAUGAUGAGGUAAAAGGUAUUUGAACAAGUGAAUUCCAAGUUAUGUACCAUAAGGUGGAGUAAACAGAACCAAAGAUGGCACCAACCACCACUUGACUGGUCGUGUGAAGCUUCUGAGACACCCUUAACCAUGUCUGCAU